ACAGUGCCCCGAGAGGAGGGGGUGGGAGGUUGUACUGCUGGCGCGCAACAGGUCCGCCUCACUGUCUCGCACUCAACAGAUGUGCGGAGUCUGCCGGCUCUGCGCGCUGCUUGUUGCACUCACUCGCCUCAACACCACCACCACUGCUGCAGCGCGCGUGGAUGCCGAUGCAGCUGCCAGCAGCCUCCGCCUCAAGGCAGCCCUGUGACCGGUGGGCCAGAUGAACCCCCGCCGCCCCGGUUCCUCCUCGGCCUCCUCUGGCAUACAAUGGCUUAACCGAAGAGACAUGAGCGUCCGCAACGGGGACGGCGUCACACUGUGCCAGAGGGCUCUGCAGAUUGUGACGGACCUUUGCCUCAACGGACAUGUGGACCGGGAGAAAUGUUGGGAUAUUUUCCCCCUGGAGAGCAGCAGCAUACCAGGUAAAGGACACGCAGACAUCUCCAUCAGCCUUUUGGCCGUGGUGGUGGGCUUCUGUGGCCUCGCCUUGCUGGUGGUGUCUCUCUUUGUCUUUUGGAAGCUGUGCUGGCCUCUGUGGAGGAGAAAGGCAGUGACAGUUCACAGGGGAAAUGUCGGGCUUCACGUCGCCUUUCCCGAAGCGCCUCCGGAUGACUCGCCACCUUUGCCCGAUAAAGUGGUGCCGCUGGAAGAAAAAAAGAAGCACUCGCCCGAGGUGAAGUUAAACAAGCGGAACUCCAUCAAGCUCCUGGAGGCGGCCAUGAAGAUCAGCCAGACAUCGCCGGACAUCCCGGCCGAGGUGCAGACCACCCUCAGAGAGAAGCUAAGCCACCAGGCCAAGAUUCAGAGGCAAACCACUGAGCCGACGUCGUCCUCCAGGCACAAUUCCUUCCGGCGCCACCUGCCACGCCAGAUGAACGUCAACAGCUUUGACUUCAGCAUGGACGCAAUACCUUUUCGACAGUCCUCCACAGCGAGCAUCGGAAGAAUCAAACCGGAACUCUACAAGCAGAAGUCUGUGGACUCGGAGGGCGAGCCCAGAGAGCCCGUCGAGAUUUGCGGAAAGCUCAGCUUCUCGCUGCGUUACGACUACGAGGAGCAGGCGCUGGUGGUGACGAUCCUAAAAGGCUUGGACCUCCCCGCUAAAGACUUCACAGGAACCUCGGACCCCUACGUGAAGAUCUACCUUCUCCCAGAGAGGAAGAAGAAGUUCCAGACACGAGUCCACCGCAAGAACCUGAACCCGACGUUCGAUGAGACUUUCCGCUUCCCCGUGGCGUAUGACGAGCUCUGCGACCGCAAGCUGCACCUGAGUGUCUACGACUUUGACCGCUUCACCAGCCACGACAUGAUCGGCGAGGUGGUAGUGGACAACCUCUUUGAGCUCUCCGACCUUUCUCGCGAGGCAGUGGUGUGGAAGGACAUACACGCCGCAACAACGGAGACCGUUGACUUGGGAGAGAUCAUGUACUCGCUGUGCUACCUUCCCACAGCGGGGAGGAUGACUCUGACGGUCAUCAAGUGCCGAAAUCUCAAAGCCAUGGACAUCACAGGCUCUUCAGAUCCAUACGUCAAAGUCCACCUGAUCUGUGAUGGCCGCAGGCUGAAGAAACGCAAAACCACAACCAAGAAGAGCACUCUGAACCCGGUGUACAACGAGGCCAUCAUCUUUGACAUCCCACCGGAAAAUGUGGAACAAGUCAGCCUCUCCGUCAUGGUGAUGGAUUACGAUCGGGUUGGACACAACGAAGUGAUUGGUGUCUGUCGCGCCGGGCCGGACGCCGAAGGCCUCGGACGGGAUCACUGGAAUGAAAUGUUGGCUUACCCUCGAAAACCCAUCACCCACUGGCAUGCCCUCGGAGAGUGGCCUGGAAGGGAGGCGAGCUUCGAGAGUCAAGCUUCAUGUCCGUCACCCAAACCUCCACAGACGCCGUGACAUCGCGCCAUUAAGAAUAGAUGAAGUUGAUUGCAGGUUGCGUGCACCUGAAUCCACCACACGACGUCAUUUCUAUCAACUUUCUGGCUUUUACUUUAACAAAACCUCAUUCGACGAGCCUGUCCUGAGAUUCCAGACAUUUUUCACACCCUAACAUUUUACUCUGAAAUGGCACAAGGUGGAAGGGCUACUUGGCUCUGUGCCAUCCAGGCAUUCGCUGCGUAAAAAAAAAAAAUACAUCCUGAAUUCACGAGGGCUGGCUUCAUCUCUCAGUCAGAACACAACCAGAUCGCACCAAAUCGAGAGAAUGUAGCAGAUACAUGUAGCAGACAAAACAGUAUGUACAAAUAAAUGAAAGAAUAUUCUAUUGACUCCCCCCAUGUGAUUACUCCUGCCUGUAGUGAGUUGAUUAUUCCGUCUACAAUCAGGGUCAACGUAAAAAGUGAAGUGAUUGUUCCGUGCUUUGGUUUUACAUUCAACUGAAUAACUCGACAGCCUUACAUACAAACAAAUACAUCAUAGAUAUCUGCUUCUCCAUUGCGAGACUAAUAAAGGUUUUCUUAUCUUCUUAUCUUUAUGUACCGUACAGUGAGUUUUCAAUGGAUGUUUUUAAUGUGGAUGAGAUUUAACGUGUCUGUGAUUCAGAAAUAGGAAUCGUACGUGAUCAGUCUAACAUCUAAAAACAAAAACA